GUCGGCCCCCAGCACAGACGUCCUCCUCGCGCUCGGUCCAGCUCCAGUCCGGCUUCACUCCCGCCUUCCACGCACACCGACCCCUCUCUCUUCGGCCGCCAGAGUCCGUCCAGCGUGCGGGGGACUUUUAUCCGGAUCCUUCGCUUCGGCUUCGCGUGGUUAAUUUAUUCGGACUCUAGUGGUGUGGAUUCUGCCGAAGGAGAGCGGCGACAACCCACCACCCCCUUCGGGAACUGUCGGGUUCCUUCAGGAGGUCGAGAAAUACCGAUUCAAAAAAGUGCGUCGGCAUAGGAUGUUCUGACAGCCUCCCGCGAUGGAGAGAGCGAUGUUGCUGAAUCUGCUCCUGCUGGCGCUGGGCAACCCUACCAGAAGCGAACUUAUCGAAUACCCAAAACUAAACACCUAUACCAUUGGCGGAGAAAAUACAGAUCCGUUCACAUUGGUAGCCUCGGCCACCGCCCAGCUCGCGCCUGUUUACAACCCCGGAGGAACCCCAGAGCCUGUGGUCGUCGAAGCCACCCCUACUGCCGAAGCCCCGACGGAGAAACCCGCUGCAGCCGCCGAGUAUGUGACGAAGACGGUUUACGGGUUCCUGGACUUCACCACGACCGUCGGUUCUACUGUUAUGAUCUUCACGCCGCAGAGUCAGAGUGCAAAGCCGAAGCCCAGUAAGACUCGAGACCCCGUGCUGCCUUCGCGCCUCAACCGCCCAUCUUCCCGCAUUACGCUACGACCGACGCCCACACCCACGCCCACGAUCCCCAAAGUGACUGCCACUCCAGCUCCCUCGGUUCUCCCUUCAAAGCUCCCCGCAAUUUCCUCCUCCUCCACCCUUCAGUCGUCCUUCUUCGAGGAUCACACCGCCCUUGACAUCGAGACGCUCUUCGACGUCAGUCCCGACGAAGAGAUCGCCAUCGACUACGACGCCGAGUAUCCGGAGUACGAAGAGCCGGUGUUCGAGGAGGUGAUCGAGGAGGUGAAGGAAGAAGCGAGGAAGCCCACCGCGGCCCCGACUCGCCCGAAGCCCUUCCGCCGGUUCAAGUCGUCCUCCUCCCAGGAACAAGGCAACCGCCGUCGUCUGGACCUCAACUACUUCAACAGCCGCAAGAAGACUCCUUCCCUGCGUCGCCAGACCGGAGGCUCCACCAUCGUUCCCAUCACGAUCGAGGGCACGGGUACCUUCGCCCCGAAGUCUACGUCGGUGAUCCGCCCCACGGUGGUGCCCACCACGCCCUCGGAGGUUGUCGUUAGUGCUACGCAAGGAUUUGCAACUCUUAGUGUCAUUGGGCCGUUCAGUACUGCUAUCAACAACGAACUGGGUCAGGUUAAGGAGCACUAUGACUUCCUGUCUUCAGCACCUGUCUUAGACGUCGAAGAGACGUACGAUGUGUAUGAUGUGGAGCCUACAGCCUCACUCGAGGACCUGUACAGUUCCGGUUUGGUAACAAGUGAUUCGAGCUUCCCCACUGGUCUUGUCACCAAGCUUGGCGGCACCAUUGUGUCAGAUGGCCUCAUCACCGUGCACGAAACCAGUGUCAUUGGUACAUACAUCGCAGGCCAGUAUGCCCAGAUCUUGCAGAGCACGUCGCACAUCUUCCAAACCACUCCCGUCCCCGAGAUUUCCUUGAACAGUCCAUCUCUCCCAGAAGACUAUGAAACUGUCAAAUCAGUCAUCAAAGGCUCCGCUACGCAGUUCUUGAGUCCCGAAUCUACUGCGUCUCUGCCGCUCGAGUCCCUCUUCUCAGAGCCUUCAAGCCGAGAGCGCAACAGCCGGAAGGACGAGGAAGGAGGCUCGGCCAUCCAGGUUCGCCUCCGCGAAGCCUUGGCCAAGCGCCUUGGGUCAAGCCAGAGCCAAAACACUCGUCAGGAUCGUUCUCGCCUCGCCCAGGACCCUUACGUCGACGAGGAGAAGGAUGAGUUUGACCUCAAACUCUCAGGAUCGGAUCUGCGUCCCUCCUUCGGGUUCCGAGGAUCAACGCCCGUCACCAGGACACCCCGAGUGAGCACUCUCUACGCCGAGGAGGUCAAGCCCACCACCUACCGCCCGAGGUUCAAGCCGACCUCCACUCGCCGCUUUGGCAGCAGCCGGCCGACGUCCGUGCGGUCCCCUCCCAACGCUCCCUUCAGACAGACGCGACCUGCCAACCGCUGGCGACUGAACACGUCGCCAAGACCCAAAGUAAACAUCAACAGGCGCCCCGUCAAUCAGCCAGAUACUUAUGAUGAUCUUCAGGCUGCUGACGAAUCUCAGUCCAUUUCCCGCCCAACUGCACCCGAGCCCAUCAUUCCUGAAGGGGGAGAGGAGACCCUGAGGAUUGUGACCAGCACCCCGGCUGACGGAGCCACGGAUGUCUGGUUCGAAGUGGCCACCAUCAGGUCGCUUCACACGUUCCGCGUCGGCACCACAAAGAACACGCGUUACGUCACGUUCACGAAGACCACGACCCACAGCAUCGACCCGACUCCGGCGCCCCUUGGACCACAGGACGACCUCUACGAAACCCCGCUCUUUGAAAACAUCUUGGACGAUGGACCUCGCGACGUGUCGACCCUUCCCCCAGUCGACCUCGGUGAAAGUGACGUGACCGCCCUGCUCGAGACGGUGACGGAGACCUUCAGCACAACGGAGCUGAUGAAGAAGACGUCGAUUCUUCCCGUGCUGCACGCGGGCGAAACCUCGUUCUACACCCUGACGCAGACCUACCACAUCACCCGCGUGGUCACCGCACUCAAGACAAUGCCGCCCUAUGAGGCAUUUUCCUUCAUCCCAGAAAACUCGCUGAACGAGUUCAAUGGCCAGCUUUUGGCGGAGGGAACCGAGAACGACGAGUCGCUUUUGCCUGGCGAAAUCGAGUAUGAUGAAAAUGGCGAAAUUGUUGACACGACAAGUGGCACUCGAGUGCCUCCUCCACCAGGAUUCCCCUUCCAGGACCCCAACCUUGCAGAAUUAGCUGGAGGUCAAUUCAAUCCCGACGUUUUUGAGAAGCAGCUGCACCCGCAAUUGACAGCCGCUCUUCAGCACAGGCAACAGAUGCAGCAGAAGCAGGGCAGUGCCGCACGACCUCAGCUAAGCUCAGGUCAGCUCGCUGCUCCCGGAGACCCAGCUAUUGCAACUCCGAGCCUGACAGCCGAGCAACUGCAGCAGCUGGCGUACCUCCGCCUCAUCAACCCCUACGGCUUCGGCGGAUUCCCUCCCGUCCAGCAGCAGCAGCAGACCACCGUCACCUCCUCCCCGGUCACCAUCACCACCGACAUCACCACCACGUCCACUCGCGUCCUCCGCGUUAUCUUCAACGCCCGCCCCAUCUUCACCACCAUCAGCAGCGUCGAAGUCGUUCACACGACCAUCACCUCUUUCGAGACGGCAACUGUCACCGUCGCCCCCACCCUCCCCUCCUUCCCCUUCCCCUUCCCCGGGUCUCCCUUCCCGGUGGGAUAAGGAGGGCGUUCGCAAAGAGCCUCGAGAGCGAGCGAGGCCUCAGAGGGCGACGGAGGAGUGGUCCCCGCCCUGUUCCCGCCCACUUCCUUGACGCCGAGUGCUGGCACUCUGCACCUAACCUCUACUAACCCCUUGACAGUCUGGCGAUCAGUGUCCAGGCGUGGAAGGUUAUCAUCAGGUCUUCAUUCUGACUUCCGGCAAAGAGGAAACAAGCGCAGGGGAAGGGGAAAAUGAACAGAAGCGAAAGGAAAGUGUGAUGGGUAAAAAAAAAAAGAUCUUUUUGAUACUAUGAAACAAAACGCUCAUUCUUCCCUUCUCCCUUAAUCACUCGAUAAUGCAUCUAUUAUCCAAGAAGGUUUUGUUAUUGUAGGAUAUUGACUACAUAGAGUGGACUCACAAAUGCCAAAUAGCUGAAGCAUCACUUUUACGGAAUUAAAUGGCACUAGAUCCCGUAACGAUCACACUUUAUCAAUGAAUCAUUAUUCGGUGUUACAGUUCGUCCAGCGAAUGGCACCCAAUCCUGAUCAUUCUGAUACUGGGCAGGUGAUCAGUGUAAUAAACAUAAAACAAAGAAGCCAUUAGAUUUCGAUAUAUGUUCAAUACUGGACGACCAAAGGGGGUAGUUGAGUGCAUUCGAUCGGCCAUCAAACACUGUCACUAUUUCUUUGUUUGAUAAGAAUAGCAAAGAAUUGUCGACAAGGUUACUGACUGACUGUUCCUUUCACUCUUUGAUAAUAGAUUGUCCUCCGUUUCUUAUUUUGAACUUGAGCAGUGGAUAAGUAGAUUGUUUUAGAGUUAUACUAUUAGGUUAUUAUUCAGAUAGAUAAAAACAAAUGGAUCUGUAGGUUAACUAAUGGAAACAUGUUGAAACAAAUACAUACAUACAAACAAACACAGCCACACGCAUACACACGCACACAAAGUAAUAAUUUCAAGCAGUUUCUUCAUAUUAUUUUCUCCAUAGUAUUUCAUCUUUUCUUCAGGGAAUCGGUCCAUUUAAAAAAAUAAAAAAAAAAGUUUCAGGAUGAAUAUAAAACUCAUGCUUUCUGCAAAUCCGUCUUACUGGCAACGGGGAACAAAUUCCUUAAACCAAAAUUCCACUCCCGACUUCUAUCAUUCUCUAUAAUCUAUCUAGAAAAAAAAAGAAGAAAAAAUAGACAAGUCCCUCCUCUCGGUUAGUUUGGAAACUUAGGUGUAACUUUCUUAAACUAUAACUUAUACUCCGGUAUAGAUUCUCGCUACAAAUGAAUUGCUUUGGAAGUUCAUUUGUAUCGCCGUUUUAUGUGUGUUUUAGAUUUUAUUAUGAUAUUUUAUGAUAUUAAGAUAUUUUAUGAUGAUUAGGAGUGAAGAAUGUAAAUAAGAGAAUGGGUAUUUUGUAAAUAGAUGUAAAUAUAGAUAGGCCUCUCCCAAGCCCAUUUGAUUAUUCUUCAUGAACGAUAGCUGACUAAUAAACAUUUCGUAAAAAAGAAA